AUGGAGAUUCCGGCCAAAUUGCCGUUCUCUAAGCGGCGACUUCGACCACGCGUAGUGAUUUCCUACAUCUUCGACUACGUGAUCUUAAUUGCCUGUGUCAUCGGCUUCUGGAUCCUCGACUCCCUCGAACCAUACCACCAACACUUCUCCCUCCGCAACAUCUCCCUCCAAUACCCGUACGCCGUCCACGAGCGCAUUCCCAUCCAAUAUGCCCUCUGCAUCUCCGGCCUUUUCCCACUCGUCCUGAUCAUCGUCUAUACCCUUUUCAUCGAUGGCCUGUUCUCGCACCACAAGCCUCUGGAUCCGGCAUCUGGGAAGCGCAAGCUGCGCGGUCCGUGGCGCUGGAAGGAUCGCCUGUGGGAGAUGAACUGUGGGAUCCUAGGCCUCCUCCUAUCACAAGCAUUAGCCUUCCUCAUCACACAAGUGCUCAAGAAUGCAUGUGGAAAACCCCGUCCGGACUUGAUUGACCGGUGCCAGCCGCGUGACGGGAGCCUGGACAUGCUGCCGUACGGUCUGUCUAACUCCACGAUUUGCACAGGAGAGGCAAAGUUGAUCAAGGAUGGAUUUCGGUCAUGGCCAUCAGGUCAUAGUAGUUCCUCCUUCGCAGGAUUAUUCUACACGUCUCUGUGGCUGGGCGGCAAGUUCCAUAUUAUGGACAACCGGGGUGAAACCUGGAAGACCCUGCUGGUUACCAUUCCGAUCCUUGCCGCGACCCUUGUUGCCGUGUCUCGCAUUAUGGACGCCCGUCACCACCCAUUCGACGUGAUCACGGGGUCGCUUCUCGGUGUCGUCUGUGCCAUCGUCUCCUACCGUCAAUACUUCCCUCCGAUCACCGAGUCCUGGCGCAAGGGCCGGGCCUACCCGAUCCGCACCUGGGGCACCGAGCCAGCUGCUCCAAUCGAUGCAAAGUUCAGCGCACUAGAUGACAGCACGACUGCUCUGCGUAACCCUGAGGCAGAACGCCUGAAUGGUUCCAGUAUGCGUGGGCGAUCUACAUCCCCACACCAGCCUGGCGCAUCUGGGUACGCUAAUCCUGGCAACCCUUACACGUCGCAGGUGUAUCCUCGUCGUGCGCAUGACCAUGAUCCCGAUGGUAACUGGUCUUCGAGUGAAGACGAUGUUGGAAAUGGGUAUGAGAUGCAAACUGGGUAUGCGGCAGCGCAAAAUCCAGGUGUCAGUCGCAAUUCUUUCGAUGCCAAUACCGCAUACCAUCCCAACGCGUAUCAGUCGCAAGGGCACACGGCACCCGCUGGUGCUAUUAAUCCACCACCCGGUGUCGUUGUUAGCCAUGAUCACCUAGAGCGAUCAUUGACCGAUGCGCCUGGUCGAGAGGUGUAA